GCAGUCACGAAAGUUGAAAGCUAGCUGCUCUACUUUAUUCUUAUCACACACACACACACAUUGACAUCUGCUGUAAUUGUAAAGAGCCUACUUUUUACUGCAAGUCAGCGUAGCGCCUACAAAGUCGCUGCCAACUUAACUUUUUGCGCUUGUGCGUUUGCUUUUCACACUCUUGUGCCCCCCGUUGCCCACGCCCCGUUGGAGGCGUGCGCCCAGAACAGCCGUCAAGACGACUUACUCGAUCAUGAAGAUGAGCUCGCCAAGGAUCAUGCAGCAGAAGCGGAGCAGUAAAUCAUCGAAUUCGUCGCGUGUCUCGAUGACCACGUCGACGGCCGAUGAGAAUCUCAUCGAAUCGAAGCUCUUCAGCUGGAUGCGGCUCUUUCGCUUCGCCUCGCUGCUCUGUCGCGCCGAGUAGAGAGGAGAGAGCAGAAGAGAAUUGUUCUCUCUCCCCGAUAUGCUCUUCUCUAGUUGCUAAGAGACAAACCCCACAAAGCUAUCUCUCCUAUCUCUCUAUCCUAAAACAAAUAGAAUAAUGGAAAAUGCAUUCAACAAAGAUACACAAAAAAAAAAAAUCUAAAA